CUCUGGUAUUUUAGUAAAAAGGCAUUUCUUAGUCUCUCUGUCUCAUUUUCUGGACUCACAUACAGCAACUAUGCACCCCAGCCUGGUUCUUCUCAUAUGUCUUUUAGAUAUUUGUCUUGCACAGAAUGUCACUGUACUGUCAGGCCAACUUGGAGACAGUCUGACUAUUCUCUGCCCAUACAAGCAGCGUGCUGACCGAUGGCGGAAAAAGCUGUGGUGUAAAGAGGACAGUGCCAAUCACUGCCAGCCUGUCGUCAUUGCACGACGCUUCUGGCUGCAACUUUCCAAGAGGAUUAAUGGCAGUACUUCAAUAUCUGACAAUAUACACGAAGGCCAUGUGAUUGUUACAAUAAACCACCUGCAGCAUGAUGAUGCAGGCAUGUAUGAGUGCCAGUCUCAUUCCUUCCAAGAGGUAGACAUCCUACAGAAAGUACAACUGCUUGUGUUGGAAGAAACCAUGAGGGCAAAUAUAUCAGAUGUUGCCAAAGUGCAAUAUAGUAUCUCUGGGUUUUCUACGAGGUUACAGAUCCGUUGGAGUUUGAUCAUUCUUGGCUUCAGCUUCUUAAUGUCCAAGGCUGUACUCUUAGGUCUGACAUUCGUUUGGCUGAGCAGUCGACACAAAAGCAGAGCUAUUUCUGAAUCCGCUCUUAUUGCUUCCUCUGAAGAAUCUGUUAUCGGAGAAUCUAGAAGUGCCAGCGACUAUGGAAGAUCUGAAUAUGGGACUGGAAGACACAGUGAAACACCGGUUUACAUGAAUUAUAUGUACAUGACGGCAAACCUGAACCAGGUGUUUUGGCAUAGAUAAUGCUCUGUUCAUACUUGUGAUAUAACAAGGAUAAUAAAUCAGCAGAAUUCUGAAACAUU